AUGCCAAAGCUAGUUCUAGUUAGACACGGUCAAUCCGAAUGGAACGAAAAGAACCUUUUCACCGGUUGGGUGGACGUUAGAUUGUCCGCUGUUGGUGAAAAGGAAGCCAAGCGUGCUGGUGAAUUGCUAAAGGAAAACAACGUCAAGCCAGACGUUUUGUUCACCUCUAAGUUGUCCAGAGCCAUCCAGACUGCCAACAUUGCCUUGAGCGCUGCUGACAGACUAUGGAUCCCAACUGUCAGAACCUGGAGAUUGAACGAGAGACACUACGGUGCUCUACAAGGUAAGGACAAGGCUGCCACUUUGGCCGAGUACGGUGAGGAGCAGUUCAACACCUGGAGAAGAUCCUUCGACGUUCCUCCUCCAAAGAUCGCCGACGACUCCGAGUUCUCCCAGAAGGGUGACGAGAGAUACAGCGACUUGGACCCAAGCACCGUGCCAGCCACUGAGUCUUUGGCCCUUGUCAUUGACAGAUUCUUGCCAUACUGGCAAGACACCAUCUCCAAGGAGCUAUUGGAGGGCAAGACCGUUAUGAUCGCUGCUCACGGUAACUCUUUGAGAGGUCUAGUCAAGCACUUGGAAGGCAUCUCUGACGCCGACAUUGCCAAGUUGAACAUCCCAACUGGUAUCCCAUUGGUUUUCGAGUUGGACCAGAACUUGAAGCCAACCAAGCCAUCUUACUACUUGGACCCUGAGGCCGCUGCUGCCGGUGCCGCCGCUGUUGCCAACCAAGGUCAAAAGAAAUAA